CUUACAAUUACUAACUUACCGUUGCUGAAUGAAACGUACUCUUUGCAACUCUAACUCGUUCAUUCAUCUUUAGUUUCUUGGAAAAGUCAGACCAGGAAGACUCUGCAGCAAUGGGCCGGAUACUGUGCCCAGGGGCUAGUCCCACUGAAUUCUCCGACAUCUGCAUUCGCGAAACCUGGAGUACAUUCACUCUUACCUUUUUCGUCUUUUGGUUAUAUUUCUUCGCUGCCCCACACAUUUUUCUGCCUCAAUGGGUUACUCGAGCUGCAAGAUUAAUCAAAAAGCCGUUCAGAACGUUCAUUACCAUCCAUGAAGCGGAAGCACUAAGCGGCGAUGAUGGGGCAGAGCUCCACGUCGAGGAACACGUCCCUCUCUGGCGCACCCUAGUGUUUGCAUUCAUAGGCCUUCUGGAGAUGAUUGUUUGGCUUGCUACAGGAGCCUACAACUCCAUUCUGUCCCGUCCAGCCCUUAAUCCCUUCCUCAAUGUCUUCGUGUGGAGUUACACAGUCGCGCGACCAAUUGCAUAUCCCAGUGCAACCGUCCCAUACGAUCUCUUUUGCAUUUACAGCUUGCAACUUUUUUCGGAAGCAUUUCAGCUUGGUGGUAUGCUUUUUACCCGAGAUGCUUUUGGAAUACCGCUUCCUUCCACGGAUAUUGUCGCUCUUCACGCUGUGAACCUCAGUCUGGUUGUCAUAUUACUUGCCGUGGUUCUAUAUAUGCCUAUGGCUAUCCCUAGUGGGAAAGUGAAUAUAAAGGAUAUCGGUCAAACUGUUACUCCCGAAGACUACACACCGCUUGGUUCAUGGAUAACGUUUGCAUGGGUAUAUCCUCUCAUAAGAAAGGGUACAGUUACGACUCUCAAUGAAGACGAUGUUUGGGCCCUCAGCCCCACUAUCCAGUCGCGUCCAAUCUUUGCCAAGUUCAUGAGUAUACAAACGGUUAGUUUGGCGAAGAGACUGUUCUGGGCAAACUCACUUGACUUGAUCUUGGAGUUCCUGAUCUCAACUUUGAGCGUAUUUUUUGAGUUUCUGAACCCCUUCUUCCUGAACCACAUUCUCUCAUCAAUAGAGACAAAAGACCGCCCUCAAGCCUAUGUCUACGCCAUUCUCAUGUUUCUUGGAUCAGUCUUAAAGUCACAGAGCGACCUUCACCAUCUGUGGUUCAGUCGUCGGGCCGCUACGCGUACCAGGAGCGAGCUUAUGGCAAUGAUAUAUGACAAAGCAUUAAAGAGAAAGGAUCUGAGCGGUAUAGUGAGGAAGGAAGAAGAAAAGAAGGACGACAAGAAAGAGAAGGGAGACAAGUCAAAGAAAGACAGCAAGGAUACCAAGGAGAAGGAGCAAGUUGGCGCCGAUGUAGGCAAAAUUGUCAACCUCAUGGCUGGAGAUGCGAAUCGGGUUUCGAUGACGAUUACAGCCAUCUACAUGAUGUAUAAUGCUCCUGUCGAAAUAGUCAUCGGCUUGUUGUACCUUUAUAAUCUUUUAGGACCUUCCGCACUAGUUGGAUUAUUUGUGCUUAUCGCAGGCUGGCCAUUGAACACGUAUCUCACAAAACGUAGCAUGGAAAUCUACAGAGGCACCGCUAAAGUGAGAGACAAGCGGAUGGGCGUGGUCAGCGAGUUGAUUGGAGCGAUAAAAUUCAUCAAAUUCUUUGCAUGGGAAUAUAAGUGGAUAAACCGUGCGAUGGAGGAGCGAGAAAAGGAAAUGUCCUGGAUGCUCAAAUCUCGAAUCAAUUCCAUCAUGUUCUAUAUUCUUUGGUCAAGUACGCCUAUUCUGGUGUCCAUUAUCUCGUUCAUGACCUAUAUUCUACUCGGAAACGAACUCACUGUCAGCGUAGCAUUUACUGCAAUCGCUCUAUUUGGUAUGAUUAGAACUCCUCUCAAUGUGCUCCCCAAUUUUGUCAUCCAAGUCGCACAAACAAAAGUCGCUCUCGAUCGAAUUGCGGGCUUCCUUAAUGAAGAGGAAGUCACAGAGCAAGUUUCUUCGUUAAAGAAAGACAAAUCUACCCCUCAACAACCCCGGGAGUCGCUUAACGAGAGCGCCCUCGGGUUGGAAAACGCCACUUUCAAAUGGAACGAAGUAGAGACAGCGAAACCGGCCAAAGGGAAACAGGAUGACACGGUCGAUAGAGUAGAAAGCGUGACACUACACCCUGAAGGGUCAGAGAUUGAUGGUCAGACCGAAGAGGACCAUCAAUUCAGACUGGAGCAAAUAUCUGUUAUAUUCCCUGAGGACAAGCUGACAGUUGUCACUGGUCCUACGGCCAGUGGAAAAACCGCACUUCUGAUGGCAGUAUUGGGCGAAAUGACGCUUCUCGAUGGACGUAUCUUGAUGUGUAAAGACACUUCCACUAUCGACGCAAACGGAAACAUGCUGGCGAUUUCCUACGCUGCUCAGUCCCCGUGGUUGAGACACCAGUCGAUUCGGGAUAACAUCCUCUUUGGUUAUCCAUACGAUGAGCAAAGGUAUCAGGCUGUACUCGAGGCUUGUGCACUCAAACCCGAUUUGGAAAUUCUGGAGGAUGGAGACAGCACUGAGAUUGGAGCUCGUGGCGUUAGCCUGAGUGGUGGCCAAAAGGCGAGAGUUGCUCUUGCCCGAGCUGUUUAUGCCAGAACGAAGUACGUGCUACUGGAUGAUCCUUUAAGCGCUGUGGACAGUCAUACGUCUCGUUUUCUAUACGAGAAGCUGCUUCGUGGAUCUCUCUUGGCCUCUCGAACAGUUGUUUUAGUUACACACCAUGUGGACCUCGUGCUACCUGGAGCCCAUUAUCUUAUACGUAUGUUGGAUGGGCGUAUCGACACCCAGGGAACAGUUGCAGAUCUUCGCGCGUCAGGUCUUCUCGAGGAUAUCACCCACGAAGCUGAAGCUGAAGCUCAAAAAGACACACAAGUUGCGGUCGGUGAAGUUGCGGAUGCAGAGGUUGAAGCUGUGGAAGGUGAAAACGGCAACCAAGUCACUACUGAAAAAUUGAGCAAACCGCGUAAGCUGGUUGAAGACGAAAAACGGGAGCAAGGCGGAGUGAAAUGGAAAAUUUAUAAGAAGUACUUGCAAGCAUCAUCUUAUUGGGUCUGGGGUAUACUCCUUGUUUUCGUCAUAUUAAACCAGUUCUUGGCAGUUGGGGAGAAGUAUUGGAUCAAGGUCUGGGGUGAAGCCUACAAUUCUUCAGAACCUUCUACUGCAAUGAUACAAUUUGCACCUAUGCACCUAUCUGCAGCCUCUGAACAUGGCCUAUCUCUAGAUGGAUUCGCGCAUCAAGCUUCACCCUCAUCCCCAGCCAUGUUUUCUACACGGAUAGCUUUUAACUUACCAAGCGUCUAUGACAAUCCGAUGUUCUAUGUUGGCGUCUAUGCUGCUAUAGGCGUUCUAAACGCGCUUUUGAGUGUUAUUGCUACUGCGAUACAAUACACCGGCGCCUUGCGCGCCUCCCGGAUUCUUUUCAGGCAAUUACUGGUAACCGUUGUCAGAGCCACCUUCAGAUUCCAUGAUACCACACCGCAAGGUAGAAUGCUCAAUCGUUUUGGAAAGGAUAUUGAGACCAUCGAUUCUUCGUUGGCUGGGUCCCUUCAGAAUGUCAACUCUUCUUUGGCUAACUUUUUCGCAUCUGUUAUAACUAUCGCUGUCAUCUUCCCGUUCUUCCUUUUACCAGCCACCAUACUGGGCUUCAUCUACCGUGAGCUUUCCAUCGGUUAUCUGAACACUGGUCGAGAUCUUCGUCGGAUGGAGUCCAACUCCCGGUCCCCUAUCUUCUCAGACUUUUCGGAACUUUUGGAAGGAAUCGUUACUGUCCGAGCUUUUUCUGCCGAGAAACGCUUCUUGGAUAAUAUACACACUAAAAUUGAUUUCACCACAAGAAUGUGGUAUGGAUUUUGGAUGACCAAUCGUUGGCUCUUACUAUCUUUCGAUUUGCUUGGAGGUUUCGCCGUCUUGAUAACUGCCCUAUUCUCCAUUUCUCGGCCGGACGCUAGUUCAGGUCUAGCUGGUAUUUGUAUCACCAGUGCUCUCAGUUUCACCAUGUCUGUCUAUUGGUCAUGUCGUUUUUGGACGACCUUAGAGUUGGACCUCAAUUCGGUAGAGCGGAUAGUAGAAUAUCUUGACUUACCUCAAGAACCACCUGUCAUUAUUGACUCCAACCGACCCCCAGCUUAUUGGCCGUCUAGUUCCAAAGACCAAAUACUCGUGUCAGUGGAGAACUUGUCUGUGAAGUAUGCUCCAGACCUUCCUGCUGUCAUUCAAGAUGUUUCCUUCUCUCUGAAAGCUGGAGAGCGUAUUGGUCUUCUUGGUCGUACCGGCAGUGGCAAGUCAACUCUAGCUAUGAGUAUACUUCGAUUUGUUGAUCCCUCCAGUGGCAAAAUCAUCAUUGACGGAGUUGAUAUAUCAAGUAUUGGUAUUCAUGACCUCCGAUCUCGUUUGACGUUUAUACCCCAGGAUGCGGCUCUUUUCUCUGGGACUCUUCGAGAUAACUUGGAUCCUUUUGGUGAACAUACGGACGUGGAAUGCUUAGAUGUUUUGCAACGAGUGCAAAUGACCAUGCAAAGUCAAUUCCCCUCUCGUCGCACAUCCCGUGCUCCGUCCACUGCCGCAACUCCGACAUCCUCCCGUCCGCCUUCUAUAAUCGGCGUCGACAGAGAAGAUACAGUCAGCUCGGUAGGAUCUACUGUCACGAAUAUGGAUGGCAAGACUACGGUGUCCCUUGACACUCAGGUAUCUCCCGGUGGGACCAAUUUUUCUCAAGGGCAGCGACAACUCAUCUCUAUGGCCCGAGCACUUUUACGAAGAAGCUCUAUCGUUGUCCUUGACGAGGCUACCAGCAGUAUUGACUUUGCGACUGAUGCUAAGAUUCAGGCAACGAUUCGUGAAGAAUUCACCGGGUCGUUGUUACUAACAGUCGCUCAUCGCUUACGAACGAUCAUCGAUUAUGAUCGUCUACUCGUCCUCGACAAGGGAAAGGUUGUCGAACUCGACACCCCAUGGAACUUGAUUCAAAAGGAGGGUGGCAUUUUCAGGACGAUGUGUCUCAAGAGUGGAACAUUCGCUCAGUUGGAAGCAGCAGCCAAAGCCAAAGCUGAGGAAACGUCUGCGUCAAGUUGAAUGAUAUUUCAGGUAUUUCUGGAGAUGUACACAGACCAGCUCUAAACAUGUGGAUCUUCACUUCAUUUUGUGCACAACAUAAAUCAUUGAUCUUGUAUAACUUACCAUU